AUGGCGAGCGGACUUGGUUGCAUGUCAAUAAAGGCGCUCGGCCCCAACCACAAGAAAGUGGAGGCUGAGGUGCGCGUUAUUCAUUGCAACGACGCCGACACAAACGCCGCCGUCAGGUUUGCCAACAACAACAUUAGCACGACGAAGUACAGCCUGAUUACCUUCUUUCCAAAGGCGCUCUACGAGCAGUUCCGCAGGGUGGCCAAUUUGUACUUCACAUUUGUGGCGUGCCUUUCCCUGACGCCUUUGACACCGAUCUCUCCCAUCACCACCAUCACGCCCCUGUGUGCGGUGAUCGGUGUCAGUAUUGCCAAGGAAGCAUGGGAGGACUAUAAGCGGGCAAAGGAAGAUAAGCAGGUGAAUAACCGGCUGGUGGAUGUGUAUGCGGGGGACGGCAAGCUGGAGAGCAGGCCAUGGAAGGCCGUCAGAGUGGGGGAUAUUGUGAGGGUAAAGAAGAACAACUUCUUCCCUGCCGACCUGGUGUUCUUGUCGAGCAGCAACGCCGAAGGCUCCUGCUACGUAGAAACCAUGAACUUGGACGGCGAGACAAAUCUGAAGAACAAGAAGUGCUUGGAAAAGACGCAGGAACUCAAGCGCAAGACGCUGGACCAGCUCAAGGGCCGGCUCUCGUGCGAGCAGCCAAACACGUCACUCUACACUUUCGUCGGAAACCUAGACUGGCCGGGGGCCUCCCCCGAGCCAAUCCCCCUGGGGCCCUCUCAACUCCUUCUGCGGGGCUCCAGCCUGCGCAACACAGACUACAUCUACGGCCUGGUCAUAUUCACCGGGCACGACUCCAAAAUCAUGAUGAACCAAACCGACCCCCCCUCCAAGCGCAGCAGAAUCGAGCAGCAACUAGACUAUAUCAUCUACUUCAUGUUCUUUUUGUUGGUGCUGAUGAGCACGAUUUCGGCGGUCGCUUUCGGGGCGUGGAUGGGGAAAGAAGGGGCGAAGAUGUGGUAUUUGGACCCGGGGGAUACUACCGAGUACUUCGACCCGACGAAGAGCGUGACCGGGGGGUUCCUCCAGUUCCUUACGAGCAUUGUCCUCUACGGUUUCUUCAUCCCCAUCUCGCUGUACGUGUCUAUCGAGGUGGUCAAGGCGUUCCAAGCGUUCUUCAUCAGCUGCGACGCGCACAUGUACUACGAAGAAACCGACAAGCACUGCGUGCCGCGGACGUCUAACCUCAACGAGGAGCUGGGCCAGGUUGUUCACACGAUCCUCUCCGACAAGACCGGCACGCUGACGCGCAACCAGAUGGACUUCUUCAAGUGCAGCAUCGCGGGGAUAAGCUAUGGGACGGGCGUAACGGAGAUCGAGCGGGCCACCGCAAAGCGGCUCGGUAAAGAUCUCGGGGCGGGGGCCACGGAAGCCGGGGGUUUAUCCCCCUGGCACGAAAAGGGGUUCAAUCUGAACGAUUCACGGUUGAUGGGGGGGGCGUGGGUGAAGGAGGCGCGGUGUGACGUCAUCAGGCGGUUCUUCCAGAUUCUGGCGGUGUGCCAUACCGCCAUUCCGGAGGGCGAUCCGACGCCGGAAGCGAUCCGGUACCAGGCGGAAUCCCCGGACGAGGCCGCGUUCGUGGUGGCGGCGAAGAAGUUCGGCUUCUUCUUCUACAAGCGUUCCGCGGAGUCGAUCUGGGUGAAGGAGGACCACGGAAACGGAACGGUCGCCGACUGCAGAUACGACGUCCUGAAUGUGCUCGAGUUCAACAGUACCAGGAAGCGCAUGUCCGUCGUGGUCCGCAGCUCUAGCGGCCAGCUGCUCCUCUUCUGUAAGGGCGCCGACUCCGUCAUCUACGAGCGGCUCAGCGCGACCGGCAACGAGUUUCGCGGCACUUCCGCCCAGCACAUGGCGGAGUACGGCGACGCCGGCCUGCGCACGCUCUGCCUCGCGUUCGCCGAGCUGGACGAGGGCGUAUACGCGGACUGGCAGCGCCGAUGGAUGGCUGCCAAGACAACGGUCGUCAGCGCCGACGUGCAGGCGGCCGCGCUCGAGGCGCUUGCGGAAGAGAUAGAGCAGAACCUGGUCCUGAGUGGGUGUACGGCCAUAGAGGAUAAGCUGCAGGAGGGGGUGCCCGAGUGUAUCGAUUCUCUAGCGCGAGCCGGGCUGAAGCUGUGGGUGCUGACGGGGGACAAGCUGGAGACGGCCAUCAACAUAGGCUAUGCGUGCAGUCUGCUGAGACAGGGUAUGGAGAAAGCGAUUGUCGUGCUGGAUUCAGACCCCGCCGUCACCGCCGCGGAAGCGUCCGGCGACCGCGAGGCGACCAGGACUGCGUCCAUGGCCAGCGUUGGUCGCCAGCUCGCGGACGCCUCGGCCGCGCGCGCGAAGGGCGCGGUCGCGGAUCCGUUCUUCGCGUUCGCGCUCGUCAUCGACGGAAAGGCGCUGACGUACGCGCUCGACGACGCGCUGCGCGCGCAGUUCCUGGCGCUCGCGCAGCAGUGCGACUCGGUAAUUUGCUGCCGCGUGUCCCCUCGGCAGAAAGCCCUGGUCACUUUGAUGGUCAAAAAGGGCACCGGAAAGAUCUGCCUGGGCAUAGGGGACGGCGCAAAUGACGUUGGCAUGAUCCAAGCGGCGGACAUCGGAGUUGGGAUCAGCGGCGUUGAAGGGCAACAGGCCGUGAUGGCGUCAGACUUCGCCAUCUCCCAGUUCCGCUUCCUGGAGCGCCUCCUGCUCGUCCACGGCGGCUGGUGCUACAAGCGCAUCUCGCGCAUGGUCGCCUACUUCUUCUACAAGAACAUCGUGUUCGGCCUCACGCUCUUCUGGUUCAACGCGUUCGCCUUCUUCAGCGGGCAGACCAUCUACCACGACUGGUAUCUGACGAUCUACAACGUCGUGUUUACGUCACUGCCUGUCGUCAUCAUGGGCGUGCUGGACCAGGACGUGAGCGCACGCACGCGCCUGCGCUUUCCCGCGCUGUACCAGCAGGUGAGUGGCGCCGUUCCGCUUCCGCUCGACCGCACAGAUUCCUUUUUGGCCCCCAUCUGCGCGCGCGCCUUGCGCUUCCCCACGCUUUACAGGCAGGGCCAGCGGAACCUCUAUUUCGGCCCCCUCAAAGUCGGCAUCUGGAUGCUCAACGGCCUUUAUCAGUCCAUCGUCUGCUUCGCCUUCGUAACUCUGCUCUACCGGAUCUGGCCGGAACGGCAGAAUGGACAUAUGGUCGGCCUGUUUGGCGCGGGAACCACGCUCUACACAGUCGUCGUCAUCUGCGUCAACUGCCAGAUAGCUGUUGCAAUCCAAUACUGGACGUGGUUGCACCACCUGGCAAUCUGGGGCAGCAUCUCCCUCUGGUUCAUCUUCCUCCUGGCGAUCGGCAUCUUCCCCAUAGCUUAUGUGGGCGUCGCGCGCGCGCUGUUUGUGACCGAGAACGCACCCAGCGCAGCCUUCUGGCUGCUGCUUCCGCUCGUUCUGGCCGCCGCCCUGCUGCCGGACUUCUGCGUCCGGUCAUUCCUGCGACGGUACUGGCCCGAGGACCACCACAUCUGCCAAGAACUGGAGCAAGGCCGGGAGGCGGGCUGCAAGCGGCGGAUGCAGCGCGAGGAGGCGGCCGCGGUGAUGCCGACGCAGAUUGGAUGCAGCGCGGCGGCGGAAGACAUCCGGCGGCGCAGCAGUUCCGUGGCGGACUGGCAGGAGGACAACGGAUUGAACGUAGACGCGGGCACCUCGGCUCGUACAGGGAGUUGCUUGGUCGCCGGAGAUAGGGACCGGAUGGUCGAGCUUCAGCACAUACCUGAGCAUGAGCGUGACGUCAAGCAUGUCAGAACGAGGAGCGGGGAUGCCAAAUCGGGCGAAAGCAAGCGGGUGACCGGAGUGUGA